AUGUCCCUCCCUCGUACGACGGCGACCCCUCCACCGGCGCGCCCCACGCCCACGGCGAACGGCAAGGCAACGACGUCAGCCUCGAGCACGAAUGGCGCCGGUCUCAGGCGUUCUCGGUCCAACGAUGCGACAUCCCCUACCUCACCUACGUCGGGGAGACCACGGAGAAAGUACAAUGGCUUUCGAGUCAUGUUCCACCUCACCCUCGCUGCGGUUUGUGAGUGCUCGCCGUUUCGGUGGGGACCUGGACGCGCUUGGACCUCGUGGCCGUCACUCUGGCGACGUGGGGCUGAGCGCCUGAAUCCUCCGGCUGAUGAAGCCGUGCCCGCGUGGAUGAUCAUCCUACAGGGCUAGCCAUCGGAUUGGUCUGGGCCAUAACCCCUCUAUCAUGGCUCUACGUCCUCUGGACCCUCCUGACUCUGAUCCCAUCAUUACACGCCGGACGACCAGCACCUUCGCACAUCGUCCUCAAGGUGUUCCACUACAUGACGUUGUCCUACUGCGCCGUCGAGAUUCCCUUCUCCCUCUACUACCGCUACCUCGCCAUUCGAGCCAACAAGCGAAGAAAAGCGCCUCAAGCUUCGAGGAGGUUCUUGAGAAACAUCAUCAAGAGGGCUUUGGAGAAUGGGUUGCAGAACGACGAGGACGGCGAACAAAUCGUUAGUGGGGGUGCUGAGCUCGAACGAAGUAGAUCGAGGAGGGCCAAUCCUAGGUCCGGAGGAUUGAGGGGAGCUAUCCCUGGUUUAGCGAGUAUGGAAGGGGCUUUGAGGAGCCGGAGUUUGAAUCAGGUUCGAUUGGGAGAUGGGGCGAGGACACCGGAGAUGGAGAGGCCUUCGAUCGAGUUUGAGAUGACGCCCGUACCGAAUGGGAGCGUCGCGGAUCUGCCACAGCUCGACAAGAAUGGCCCCAAGGUCGAGGAUUCUUCACCUGCGACACCGAGGAAUACAAAUGAUGGCAAUGAGGAUAAUGAAGUCGAGGACGACGAAGGGUACGGACCGAGUAUAAGGAGCGGAGGUGGGCAACACAGCGUUCGACCGAGGAGCUCGAGUUACACGCCCUCGUUCAUGGACAAGCUAGACGCGGAGGAUCCACGAGCUGAGGAUUUUCGCGAUUUUAUUCGGUUGUGGUUCAAUGGAUGUGGUGAGCAGACGUCGUCCUUUGGAGGUCUACACCCCUGAAAAGGUAUUGACAAACACCUCGAGCCAACGCGCAGAAUACAAGGAGAUCUAUCGGCUCAAUAUGGCGGACUGGCUCGCAUGGUGCCUCUACUCGUCGACCCUCGAAGAACUCGAAGAGGAACGGCAAGCCUGGGUCGCGGCAGGAAAACCGCCGCUACAUCUCGAUGGCGAAUUAGACGUCGACCAAGGUGGCCUGCAAUUGGAACAGGACAAGUUGGGCCUGUUGGAACACUGCUUGGAUUUGGUCGAGUUCCGAGCUGGCGGGUCGCUUAGGGAAGGGAGGAAUCCUCGGUGCAAAGUUAUUCGGUUGACCUUGGACCCCGUCAGAGUCACGCAGAGACCUAUCCUCUUGUAUUGUACGUGUUUGUGGCUCGUUUCAUGCCGAAUGUGCACCAAACUAAGCGCAUCGAGCGAUGGUUGCAUCGCGUGCAGCUAUUGUCGGGUGUUUGCAACAAUACGUCGGGUUCAAGCUCCGGGCUCGCGGCUUCGUCACGUGUGAAGAUGGUGGACUACGGUACCUUGUUCGGAUACCCGCCGGGUGGAAACCCACGGCAAACUGCACGGAAGCGAGUCGUCCCCUCUUGGUCCUACACGGCUUAGGCUGCGGACUACCGCAGUACGGUUCGAUGUUGUCCUAUUUCGCGACGAGCAAACUACUCGCCGAUCGGCCCAUCAUCGUUUUGAUCCAACCUCACAUCUCGAUGGCCUUCUUCUCACGAGACUACCUCUUCCCACCUACGCAAAACUCCAUCGGAGUCGGGAUCGCCGCGAUCGCUCAAAAAUGGAAGUUCGAUCUCUCGGGUCUGACGAUCCUCUCCCAUUCGAACGGCUCGAUCGUCCAUGGGUGGAUACUCAAAGAACUUCCCGACCUCGUCAUUCGUUCCUGCUUCGUCGAUCCCGUUUGUUUCUCCCUUUGGGAACCCUGGGUCUGCUACAAUUUCCUCUACUCCAAACCACGUGAACCGUUGGAAUACCUCAUGAGGUACUUCGUUUCGAGGGAAUUAGGGGUCGCGUUCAUGCUUCAACGGACGUUCGAUUGGUCGUCCAAUUUAUUGUUCCCGAGUCAAAUCCCGCGCGUUACAUCGCCUUACCACGCGGCUUUCUAUCUUGCGGGAAGGGACGCGAUCCUCAACGCCGAAAGGGUACGGACUUAUCUCAAACGUUCAGGAAUCAAGGAAGUGAAACGGGGGGAGAAUGUAGGACCGACUAGGGGAGGACUCAAGGUUCAUCAUGCGAUGAAACAUGGGGAAAGUAUGGUCGGGCAUGGCCAGGCGUUUGAUCAGAUUAUGAGUUGGGUGACGGCGGAGUGUGCGAAUGGGGGGGAUUCGACGGCCUAUGAUUCGGCAUAUUGA